AUGCCUUCACAAUCUUUAAAAUCAGCUUUAACUGAGAUUGUGAAUGCAAUGAGGGAUGGAACUGAGAGCGUGCUCAUCGUUUGUGGCCAGAGAGGGGUGGGUAAGACGACCUUGGCCAGAGCAGUGGGGAAAAUAGCCAAUGAAUUUUUGCAUCUCAAGGUUGUACGGUUAGCUGUUUCCCAAGCUACAACUACUGAAGAAGUUCAAGAUACCCUUGCAGCUUUCUUGAAAUUAGAAUUUCCAAAGAACACUAAAAAAGAAAGAGCAAAGAGAUUGCGGCGUAGAUUGAGAAAGGAAGAGAAGAUCCUCAUAAUCCUUGAUGAUUUUCGCAAGGAACUCAACUUGGAGUCUAUAGGAAUUCCAAAUCAAGUUGGGUGCAAAAUUCUUCUGACAACAAGAGAUACCCAAGUGUGUUCUUCUAUGGAAAGACGGAAAGAAAUAACACUUGAGGCUCUAGAUAAUCCUGAAGCCUGGGCAUUAUUGAAAAAGAACCUAAGUCAAGAUAUGACUCCUGAAGUUAGCCAGGUGGCAAUUCGAGUUGCAGAGGAAUGCAAACAUUCUCCUAUUGCAGUUAUAACAGUAGGAAGGGCUUUAAGAGGGAAAGUUUUGGAUCAAUGGAGAAACGCAUAUGAUAGACUUAAAUCGAAUUUGGCGGAGGACGAAAGUGAAGAAGUUAGUAUUGUUCACAGAAGUGUAAAGUUGAGUUAUGAUCAUUUGAAGUAUAAUGAGACCAAGAAAUGCUUCUUAUUGUGUUCUUUGUUUCCCAAAAAUAGUCCCAUUGCUCCGCCGGACUUGAUAAGAUACGCAUGGGGGCUAGGGAUAUAUCAAGGCAUUGAUUCAAUUGAAGAAGUUAGUGAAAAAGUUAACGGGGCCAUCGAAAAUCUCAAAGAUUCUUUUUUGCUGUUAGAGUAUGGGAGAGCACACGUUCAAAUGCAAAAUGUGGUUCGUGAGGCUGCUUUGUGGUUAGCAUCCAAAGAGGAGAGUUUCCUUAGGAUAAAACGUGUGGUCGGCUUGUGGGAAACGCCAAAGAAUGAAGACCUUGAGUCCUGUGCAGCAAUCUCUUAUGUGACUAGCAAGCCAGAAGAAGUUCUUGACGAGGAAUUACGAAGUGAAAAGCUUCAAAUUCUGUUUCUUGCUGGGAAUGGUUGCAAGAAAAUAUCCAAUGAAUUUUUGCAACAUUUGAAAGCGCUAAAAGUUCUUGCUCUCCAUCAUGGUGUUUUGUCACCAAAUGCUCUUCAAAACUUGACAAACCUUCGAGCUCUACACUUGGAGUAUUGCAAAUUCGAUGGCCUAGCACCAUCACUAGAAAAUCUGAAGGAAUUGGAGAUUCUCAGCUUUCAAGGUUCUGAUAUCAGUGAAUUGACAGAUGACAUUGGAAAAUUAGAUAAUCUAAGAUUGCUGGAUCUGUUUGAUUGUCAAAAGCUGCAUAGAAUUCCUCUAAAGUUAAUACAGAAGUUAUCCGGAUUAGAAGAGCUGUAUUUUAGUGGCCUUAGUUUUGAAAGAUGGUGGUCUGAAGAGAAGAUCAGUGCAGAGGGAAGCAAUCCUACCCCACCAGAGAUCGUUUCACCUUCCAGUUUGCCUACUCAAAUAUUUAAAUAUCCGAAAAUAGAUGAAUGGUUUGACAAAAAAUCAAGAGCCUUGAAGGUUUCAGUAUUCUUACAAAAUCAAUCCAAUGGGUGGGAUGAGAAUGUGCAACAUCUUGCUCGGGAUCUGAUUCUGUGUUACAAAAAUCAUAUUGUUCCAAACCUGGUUCAAAGUGUAAAAAAGGUGAGAGUUAUAUGUUGUAAUAGGUUGCAAGCAGUAUUUCAGGAUGGCUCCAUUCUUCACGGUGUGGAAGAUAACUCUCAGGCGCUGCUCUCAGAUUUAACAUCCUUGGAGCUAGAAGAAUUACCUAAGCUAAGCCGGAUCUGGUACGGGCAAACCAAUAAUGUAAGCCUCCAAAAUCUGUGUACUGUGAAGCUAAAGGAUUGCCAACGUCUGAAAUAUCUCUUCUCAACGUCCAUUGCGCAAAGGCUGAAGCAACUGGAAACACUUGAGAUACACGGCUGCAAUAUGUUGAAGCAAAUAAUUGCUGAAACGAGCGAUGAUCUUAACGUCGAUGUCAAUGAAAUAAUGCAUCCGGCCCUCCUCCAUCCUCUAUGCUUGCCAAGAUUAACAACGCUCCAGAUUACUGGUUGUCUUGCAUUGGAAUACGUUUUCCAAAUCACAACAGGUCGAAUCCUUCAGAAGCUUACACUGCUUGAAAUAAGCAGUUGCCCUCAAUUAGCACAAGUGUUCAGCUUUCAAGAUGCAGCAGAAGGAGAGGAGAUCGAGGUACCUCAGUUAAAAAACUUAGCACUCAAAGACUUACUAAACUUGAAGACCUUUUGUUCAGAAAACCGUUCUAUCAAGUUACCAUCGUUGAAACAGUUCGAAGUGGAAGCUUGUCACCAAUUCAGUAAUGAUGUCAUGUCUGAAGUGAUAAAGCAUGGUCGAUUAGAGGAAUUUUGCCUCUUCAAAAUGGGAAAUCAAUUGUGUGGAGAGAUCUUUGAGCUUCCAGGUGGAUACAUCUUAUCAAGUCUGAAGAAACUGACAUUGAAAGAGAUAAAUGAGCUGCAAGUUAUAUGGAAAGAGCCCACCCAAAUUGUCACCCUUCAAAAUCUUACUCGUUUGGAAUUGUUAAGCCAUCUAGUUGUACAAGGAUGUAAGGACUUGGAGCAGAUCGUUGCCCGGGAUCAGAUUUCAUCAUUGUCAUCGUCUCGUCUCAAACCUGUAUACUUCCCUAACCUUGAGGAAAUAUUGAUCGAAGAUUGCAACAACCUGAAGAGUCUCUUUCCUGUUCGAGUCGCCCACAUACCAGAGCUCAGAACGUUAAGAGUCAAAAGGGCAUCUAGAUUAAAACAUAUCUUUAGACAUGAAGGUGAAGCCAAAGUCAAAAGUGAAGCGGAGAUAGUGCUUCGAUUCCCUAAAUUGGAAGUACUGCACCUUGGAAAGCUACCGGACCUCGUCACCAUCAUUCCGGUGGGUUAUGAAUGCGAAUUCCCAGCUUUGGUAUCGUUAGAGAUAAAAGAAUGUACCGCCCAGGUCACAAGCUUCAGUAAUGUUGAUUCAGAGCCUAUUAUUGUCUACGCCAAAACCGAAGAAACGUCGUUGCCCGAAAGAAGGAAUUACCCUAAGUUGGUAAGGUUUGCUACAGUUAAAAAAUUACUGACCAACAUCGACGGAGAUAUAGUUUGGUCUCCAGGGAUGAAAAUUGACCGAAACAAGCUAUCCGAGAGCAGUCAGCCAACAGGUAAAAAUAUGACUACGGUCCUGUUUACUACUAGUUCUCUUCAGUACUAUGCUAUAUAUUGUGCUACUCCCCAGCAGUCUCUGCUAUUAAAUGAUAGGUGGUUGAUAAUGCUCUUCAUGAUCAGUUAG